AACAGUUGAGAAGAAUGGAGAGCGCUUUAUGUCUCCUGAAGACUUUGUGAGAAGAUUUUUGAACUUGCGUAAUGGUAUGGAGGAUAAUCCAGAGACAGUGAAGCUGCUUGCUGGUGCAGUGAAUCAAUCAAAAACUGGGUUGAUCUCCUUUCAAGAUUUUUUAUCAUUUGAGUCAGUUUUGCGUGCUCCAGAUGCCUUAUACAAAGUUGCUUUCCAACUAUUUGACAAGAAUGGCAAAGGAGAAAUCAGUUUUGAUCACAUCAAGGAAAUAUUUAGCCAAUGCUCUAUCCAUCAGCAUAUACCAUUUAACUGGAAUUCUGAAUUUGUGGAUCUCCACUUUGGAAAGGAUAAGAAAAUACCGCUAACGUAUCCAGAGUUUACACAAUUUCUAUUGGGGCUGCAGCAGGAGCAUGCAAGACAGGCUUUCAUUCAAAAGGAUAAAGAUAAAAGUGGCAGUAUUUCAGUCUUGGAUUUCAAGGAUAUUAUGAUUACUGUUCGUCCACACAUGGUGACCCAAUUUGUGGAGCAAUCAUUAGUAUCGGCAGCAGGAAGUACUCCAACCCAUCGAGUCAGCUUCUCCUACUAUAAUAGUUUUAACUCCCUCCUUAACAACAUGGAGCUCAUUACAGGAGUCUACCAUACUAUUGCUGACUCCAGUAAAAAUGUGAAAGUUGCUAAAGAUGAAUUUAUGCUUGCUGUCCAGAAACUUGGUCAGGUGACACCGAUGGAAAUUGAUAUUUUGUUCCAGUUAUCAGACCUCUACAAAUUACGUGGAUACCUCACAUUAGCCGACCUUAAAAGAAUUGCACCUCACGAGGAAGGAGGCUUGCCUUAUUACCUGAGAGAAUCAGAGUGUGCAAAUGUCGCAUCUCAAUCUCUCCUAAGCCACAUAGCAGAAUCCGCAUACAGAUUUGGUCUUGGUUCAGUCGCAGGAGCUAUGGGCGCAACUUCUGUCUAUCCCAUUGACUUAGUGAAAACUCGUAUGCAGAACCAACGUUCAACAGGGGCAUAUGUGGAAGAGAUUCUGUACCAUAAUAGCUUUGAUUGCUUCAGGAAAGUGCUGCGAUAUGAAGGCUUCUUUGGACUUUAUAGAGGUCUGUUACCACAGCUGAUGGGCGUAGCACCAGAGAAAGCCAUAAAACUUAGUAUGAAUGAUUUUGUGCGAGACAUGUUUACAUGGAAAGAUGGUUCCAUUGCAAUCACAGCAGAAGUACUUGCUGGUGGAUGUGCUGGUGCUUCACAAGUUAUCUUCACUAACCCUCUGGAGAUUGUCAAGAUCCGGUUACAGGUAGCAGGUGAAAUCACCGCGGGUCUUCGUGUCAGCGCAUGGACUGUCAUCAAGGAAUUGGGUUUCUUUGGACUAUAUAAGGGUGCAAGGGCCUGUUUUUUACGUGAUAUCCCAUUCUCUGCUAUCUACUUCCCAGUUUAUUCUCACUUAAAACUCGCCUUUACAGAUGAAUAUGGGCAGGUCAACUCUGGAAAUCUACUGUUGGCGGGAACUUUGGCUGCUAUGCCUGCAGCUUCUUUGGUGACACCUGCUGACGUUAUCAAAACAAGGUUACAGGUGGCUGCACGUGAAGGGCAAACCACAUACACUGGAUUGGUGGACUGCUUUCGGAAGAUUCUACAACAGGAGGGUCAUGGUGCUUUCUGGAAAGGAGCAGCAGCUCGUGUGUUCCGAUCCUCACCCCAGUUUGGUGUUACUUUGUUGACUUAUGAGCUAUUGCAGAGUUGGUUCCAUAUUGAUUUUGGCAACAAACCUGCAAAGGAUUCAUUGCCACACUCACGAUUUAGUUUACCUGCUCCUAAUCCAGAUUACAUUGGUGGCUACAAAUUAGUCAUUGCCACAUUUGCUGGAAUUGAACGCAAAUUUGGACUUAAUCUUCCACGAUUUUCACCAUCUGAUGCGUGAUCAUACAAUCCAAGGGCAGAGCAAAAUCUUAAGGACUUUGAGAAUGAAUAGUAAGAGUAUGAGGAAACUUUUUUAAACUGAUCAAUAUACCAUUGAUAUGAAAAUAGUUAAUUGGUACAGAAUGCAUCCUUUACAUUGUUUCUGAUUUAUUAAAACUAGUUACAUACUUCCUGAUGUUAUGUAGAUUGUAAAUAUCUAAAAAAAUCCUGCUGAUUUAAUAUAUUGGUGAAAUUUGAAUUAUUUGAUUUAAUACUUGAUUAAAGGAAAUUAUGGUGAUCCAGUUAGUGGACAUAUUGGAAUUUUACAUGUUGAACUGAUUUAGUUUCUAUUUAAACAAGUUUAAAAAGUUUGAAAAGCUGGAACACAAAUACAGCCAGUUAUACAAAAUAUGUAAAACUUUACUGUUCCUGUUGAAUUGACAAUGAUGUUGUUGAAACCAUUUAUGAAAAUUAUGAUGGACUGCAACCAGAUAAACAUUCCAGAGAUUUCUGAUGUUGAGUAU